GAUCAAUGAAGUUGUAAAGUGUAGUGAGUGAAUUCUAGCGUAAAAAUGUAAAUUGGCGUUUAAAUUUUGUUUUUGUGUGUGAUAAUAAUAAUAUUAAGCCAUGGGUAAAGGCCAGGAGUUGCUGGAAGCAGCCCGCGCUGGUGAUAGACAGACAGUGGAGAAAAUAUUGGCUCAAUUAAGUAAAAAGGGUGGACCUUUUACAAGUUUAAGACGCGGUCCAGGACCAAAUGUACAAGAUGAUAACGGUUACACACCGCUACAUCACGCCUGUCUUAAUGGUCACAAGGAUAUCGUUCGCGUCUUAUUGUCGUUGGACGCUUCGCCUUGCAUAACGGACAAGAAGGGCGCCACACCUCUCCAUCUGGCCGCUUUCAGGGGUGAUUCCGAAAUCGUCAGAAUGCUGCUUGCUCACUCGAAUCCACGCGUCAAUAUAGACCAACAGACAUGUGACCACGAGACGGCCCUAUUGAUCGCCGCUCACUUCGGCUACGUGGACGUUGUGGCCCAGCUCAUGGCGAAGGGCGCUGACGUCACAGUCAAGAAUAUCAGUAACGAGAACGCCUUGGAUCUCGCUGCUCAAUAUGGCAGGUUGGAGACAGUGAAACACCUGCUUCGGGUUAGGCCUCAGCUCGUAGAUCAGUAUCGGCACAGUCGGAGGGCGCAAGUGUUCUCGUCGACGCCGCUGCACCGCGCCAGCAAACACGGACGGAAAGACGUGGUAGAGGCUCUGAUAGAGGCCGGAGUUGACCUGAACAUCAGGACGUACGACGGUACCCCGCUUCACGAGGCCGCGCGCUAUGGCCGGGCCUCGGUGGUCCAUGUGCUCCUGAAGAACGGAGCCGACCUGAACAUCAAGGAUCGCCGCGGCAACACGGUCUACGAUCUGUUGUCUCUGCUCUCUGAAGAGGCCACGAGGAAAGUAAGGAAAGUGAUUAGAAAAUUUGAAAAAGACAUAUUAAACGAAAGCGACGAAGACAUACCUCCGUUUCCGGUGCACGAAUGUCCCACCCCUACGAAAGCUCCAGAGUUCCAGCAAAAUACUAAAAACCAUUGCUUGUUAUCACCAUCAUCUUCUUCCUUAACUAAAAAUCAUCAGCAAAGUUUUGUACAAAAGCUUGCUUCGAAAUGCUUGGGUAUUAAGGCGAAAUUCAAUUCUGCUCCUAACAUUUCUAACAGUUCUAUUUUGGAGUCAGAUGUCAAUGAUAAAUCCAAGCGCACAGACAGUAAAAAUAUUACAACUACUUUACAUAUAGGUAAAAGUAAAUUUUUCAAAUCGCUGUCGAAAAAGGAGGAUUCUGGAGAAAUUUUAUGUAAUCAUGAAUUCGAUACUAUAUCUUUAGACAGAUUAGGCACCUUGAACAGAGAUUCUGAUCUGAAUAGGAGUAAUAGAAGUUGUCCUGGAUUUAAAAAUUCAUUGCCUAAUAUAUCUGAAAAUAAUGAACUCAGUGGUUCAACUGAAUCUGUGAACAAUAAUAAAGAUUCUAAUGAAUCGAGUCGUAAAGAUGGAAACAGUACUGUGACAGAAGCUAUUAAUUAUAAUAUUUUUGAGCCAAGAAAUAGAAUAUCUGUUAUAUCCGGAGAAUCAACUACAAUUGUAAAUGAAUGUUAUGAACCAUAUGAAUUUUCUAAGUCCGACGAAGAAGAAGAUAUUAAUAGACCUGCUCCGGUUCCUGCCCCCAGACCCAAUGCCAUCCUAUCAAGAGCAAAUACGCUUAAACCUAAGCAGGGUAUUAUUUAUGAAAACUUAUUAAUUCAAAAUCAAACUAUACCAAAACCUGCAACUAGAACUAAUGUUCCCGUAACUAAGGCAAACGUAGAGGAUAAUCAAGUGUUAUACGAAAAUAUAGCAAUAUUAACUAAAAUAAAGCCUGAUCCACCUAAAAGAACCGUAUUACCAUUUCAGUUCUUAGAUAACAAUGAAAAAGCGCCUUCACGGAGCUUGAGUCGUUCUUCAACUAUGUCAUCUGAUUCAAUGAUUGAUGAGACGAAUCUAGAGGACAUACUCCUUUCACAGAAAUCAAAAUCUUUUCGUCACGGAAAAGUCACGUCGUUCAGUAAAGAUUCUAUAAAAACUAGGAUUUGUAGAACAUCGUCAUGUUCUUCGGAUUCGUCUGACGCAACGGAGGCUAGUGCCAUAGAAAAUGUCGAUUGCAGUGGUGAAGCUGAAAAGCUGUUACAAUUGUCUAUGACUGGUACGUUACCGACUAAAAAAGCAGAAAGUAUUAAGAAAAAGAUUCUCUUUAGACAUAAAACGUUCACAAAUAUUGAGGUAGAUAGGAAUUCCACAAAAAUCAAAGAUUUACCACAAUGGAAUAAGGAGUUUUUGAAAGAAACUUUAGCUCACUACCACAUUCGUGGCACUGGUCAUUGUUUAUUUAAAGCCCCAACUGUUGAAGAAUUCCUUUACAUAUUUAAUAGAGAAACCCUUAAUAGCAAAGCAGAGUCUUUGACAAAAAACAAAAGAGACAGUUACUAUGAGACGGCGAUUUGUUUUUGUAAGCCCAAACCGUUAAAAACAUACAGCAGCGCCGAAAAUCUUUUAGAUCUAUCAUUCCAAGAAAAAGAAGAUAAAAUAACUUUGAUAGAUUUCGAAGGUCUAGUGAAAAAAAGCGAAAUAUCAUCUUCGUCGUUUCAAUGCUUUUGUGAUUCCGGUGCCUGCACCCUUCAUUGUAAACAUCGUGAGUCGCCCACGGAUUUCAUUGUGAAAUUUUCUGUUAUGAAGAAAAGUAUAUCAACUCCUGAUAUUACUUUAGAUGAUUCUCCUUAUUCGACAGCUGGUUUAAGUAACUUACCGAAAAACAAAUCCGUGCCGCGGAACCUCGAAGAACCGUACGCUGUUGUCGAAGUGGACGGUAAUAGUGCCCAAAAAAAAUUAGAACAAACAUCUAGUAGUAAAUCGAAUGCGUCAUCUCAGGCAUCGACGUUGUCGUCGACUUCAGAUAGACCGUAUUCUUUGAAAGAUAUCUCUGAAGUUAUAUCGCAAAAUUCAACAUUGACAUCUGACAGUCCGUCUUGUGCUUACAAUUCUGUGCAUUUGCCUGUGCGUAAAUCGACCUCCUCGGAAUACUCUGGUAACUGGUCACUCCGAACUUGUAAUUCAGACGCUACCGUGAGAUCGGACGCGUCCUUCAAAACGUGCCGCGAAGAGUCAUCUGAUGACUCCGACGGGACCUUGCACUCCGAUGAUGACGAAAGCUCUGAUGCUGACACCGUGAAAUCUGACGUCAGUACCACAAAAAGACCGUGGGUUCACAGUAAUUCGUUCAGGUUCGGUGGCAGCACCAGAUCCGACGUUAUCGAGGAGGAUCAAUUUGAGGAGAUGAAUUUGUUCGAAUCUAAAAUGGAAAGCGGUAUUAGUGUUGGGUCGGAGAGUUUGUCGUCGAGUUGGGAAGACGAGAGGCAAGAUAGCGGUAUUCCGAGGACCGACGGGGAUGUGUCGCUUUGUUCGGCUUCGCUUGAGCGGGGUUCGGUCGGGGCUGUUCGCAGCGGGUCGGGGCGCCGCCGGUGGGACGAAACGGAGGGUACCAGCGAGGGCGAUGCGCUGAGCGUGUCCAGUGCAGCAUCUAGCUGUGCGCCCUUGCAUCUAGCUCAUCAUCACGACUACAGUAAAGUAUCGCCCACCCCUCCCAAGAAGCCUCCGCGGAGGAACCUGUCAGUGUCCCCCACUCAUGCUAACUCCCCUUCAUCUGGAUACAGCUAUGAGCUCAGGCCGCAUGCCAGGAGCCAGGAUGAUUUGGACGAUAUACAGGGUGGAAAAAAUUACCUGAGACUCGGUCGAUCUGUUGAUCAUUACGUCGACAGUAAGCUCUCUUAUUCCGAAUAUGAGGAGAACCACAAUUCGCUUCGAGUGGUUCCUGUGCCGACUCCUCGACCUAGCUUGAAGCAGCGGCCCCAACCCGUCGCCAUUACGGCAAUGUACGAAAAUGUCGUCAUAAAAGAGCAGAAUCCACGGAGGAAAUUGAGGAGAAGCUUCGGUCCUAACGAGUUCGACAGAAGCGAGAUGAGCCGAGUAAGGAAAUACUCGAACCAGGAGAGGAGUUCCUUAGAGAGUCUGCUCGACGAACAAUCGCUGAACAGUCCGAGCGACUGCGAGCGUUAUUGCGACGGGCAGAAGGUCGGUGUUCCUUCGUCACCGACUCACUACGAACAGCCGCCCACUCCAGAUCAUCCUCCGCCUUCGGCAAGGCAGGCGGAGAACAGUAUUCACGAGAAAAUUCGACCUUUGAGUCAGGAGUACAAAAGAAGAUCAACGCUGCGUGACAGUCAGACUGAAACCGAAAUGAAUCUACUUAGAGCAGCCUCAGCAGCGUCCGUCGCCAGUGGUGCUACCGAUCGAAGCGGAAAUACUGAUAACUGCGUCGAAGAAUAUGUUUGUGACGUGCCGUUUGCAGGCCUCUUCAAAGGCUCCACGACAACGCUAGACGGGAUCGGUCUUCGGCCGAUGCCAGCCGAGAGGCCGAAAACGUUGCGAAAACUGAAAUCAGUUUACGACGCUUCGCCGACAGAGCCGCCGGUCAUCCACACGGCGACCCUGACCAGCAAUGGACAGGCCCACGAAAGGAACAUCAACGGUGUCGAAGACGAAGUCAGAAGAAGGAGCAACACCACCAGCUCAACGCAUAGCGGGGAUAAAUCGCUGUCCAUACUCAGUCCUUUUGACGAACAGGAGGAAUGGGCGAAGAUAUCCGAGAUAAUGGCGUCGUUUGGCAGCAAACUGGUGCGGGAGUCGGUCUUUGUGUCCGAACUCGAGCAAGAAUUUACAUCCAGACUCGGCCUCAGCUGCUCCGAGUCCAGCCUGAGUCCAUCUAUGGCCUCUAGUCUCGGACUCUGGUUGUCUGGGAUUGGGAUGCACGACUACGAGACAUUGUUCCUUGAUAGUGGCUAUGACGACAUUGAUUUUAUUAAUGGUAUCCUAGACGAGAAUGAUCUUCGCGAGAUGGGAAUAGAAGAGAACGAUAGACAAAAAAUAUUAGAAUCAUCCAAACAAUUACCUCUUAAAAUAGUUGAAAUAAGUAAUAACCAUAACAAUAACGUUAGUAAGAAUCAAAACGAAUCAGUCGAUGAAUGGCUAAGGCAUAUAAACUUGGAGCAAUACAGCGAGACGUUCAGGAAACAUUUGUACGUGGAUAUGGAUAGGGUGAAGAGGAUUUGGGAGGUGGAGCUCACGGCCGUUCUGGAGAUUCAGAAGGCUGGUCACAGGAAAAGGAUUCUAGCGUCGGUUAGCGGCCAACACAACGGACCAGCUAAUAAUAUGGAAGAUAUCAGUGCUGAUCUCAACACUCUGAAAAAUAAUAUACAACAAUUAAAAGAGGAAAUAAAAGAGAAGCUGCCUUCGGAUAAUCUGAAACCAGUUCCCCCUCCCGUGGUACCAACGCUAGCUCCGCCCGGGGGCGAGACCUUAAAGCGGAGUAAGAAAAACAGACCGGCUCCACAACCUCCGCGACCUUCAGACCUGGAGAUCAGGGCACCUUCGGAGCUGCUGGUCGGGGUUCCAGGAGCUUUGAAGACUCAAUGGAAACAUCAGCCGUUUGUGCUGGUAACCGGAGCUGUGACUUAUGUAGCUAAUUAUCUAGGAUCGACGGUGGUCAAAGAGCUACGAGGGACGGAAUCCACGAAGAAAUCGAUACAGAAGCUAAAGAAAACGACCAAAGAACCAAAAGACUCUCCCGAUAUCAUCCUCUCUAUCAGUUAUAGAGGGGUCAAGUUCCUAAAUACGAUUACCAGGGAGCUGAUCUGUGAACACGAAAUCAGGAAUAUUCACUGCGCCUGUCAGGACGCCGACGACCUCACUCACUUCGCGUACAUAACUAAGGAUCACACAACGAGAAGUCAUUACUGUCACGUGUUCAGAGUGGCUACAAUGGACCAAGCUACCGAAGUCAUACUGACUUUGGGCGAAGCCUUCGAGGUGGCCUACCAGAUGGCGCUGAGGGAGCAGUCAAAUCGCACCAAAGUGACCCAGUCCCUGGCGAAAACCCCCACACACGAUCCUGUGACGACGAGCAACAAGGAGAAGCAGAAUCUGAACCACGGUCGAUCGCACUCGAUAACCGAGAUCAAGCUGAACGGUCACCAGCUGAAGGUGGCCGCCUUACCCGCGUCACUCUCCAACGAAGACUUCCAGGCCGCGUCUAGGAGCGCGGACGGGUCGCGGAGUCCGAGGACGCCAUUACUCAAAGCGCCUAUAGCUUCGACCGAAGAACUGUGAAAACGCGGUAACCAAACUUUCAACAUUUAUUUAAAAAAAAAAAAAAGAUGUGCGGUGUCGUGGGACACCGGAUAGGAACGAAGUUCUUUAUUAUAAAAUUAUUAAAGUUCUA